AUGCCGUAUAUUCCACUAAAACCAAGUCAAAUACAAUUAAGAACUUGGGGAACAGAGAAAAAUCUCAAACCGAGUGGAGAAGCAGAAGUACCAGUUUCGUUUGGGAAUGUCACAAAGAAACUAAAGUUAUUAGUAGCAGCGGGUGAUGGUCCGGCUCUAAUUGAUCGAAAUUGGUUUAACGAUUUGGGAAUUAGUAUAACCAGCAAUUUAUGUAAUAUAGAAUCAACAAUUCCAGUAGAAGUUAUGAACUUCAGUUCAGUUUUUGAUGGAAAUCUUGGAAAUUACAAGGGAAAUCCUGUAAAGUUACAAAUGUCAGUUUCAAGCAAACCUAAAUUUCUUCGAUAUCGACAAGUGCCUUUUGCACUAAAACUCAAGGUGGAAGCAGCAUUAAAGAAGUUGGAAGAUGAAGGCUCAAUACCCUUUAGUAAGUGGGCAAUACCGGUUGUUCCUAUUAUUAAACCAGAUGGUAGCAUACGCAUUUGUGGAGAUUAUAAGUGCACAGUGAAUCAAAUGCUUUGCAAGGAAACGUAUCCAUUACCUACUAAUACAGAAGUACUAGCAACAUUAGCAAAUUGUAAGUGGUUUACAAAGCUGGAUUUAGAUCGAGCAUAUACACAGGUGAAGGUUGACCAAGAAACAGCAAGGAUACUCACACUAAACACACAUCGCGGACUUUUUAAAGUUACAAGAUUACCGUUUGGAAUUUCAACGGCACCAGGUAUUUUUCAACGGGUAAUGGAAGGAGUUCUUAAGAACAUAGAUGGUGUGAUAAUUUAUUUAGACGACAUUCUAAUUGGCGGAACAACUUUGGAAGAGUUGUGGGAUAGAACACGAACUGCUCUGAAAUGUGUACAGGAUGCAGGAUUAAAGCUUAAAAAAUCAAAAUGUGUUUUCGCGGUACAAGAGAUAACAUUUUUGGGGUUUAAGAUAAGCCGAGAAGGAGUGCGUCCAACUGACGAAAAGGUGAAGGCAAUAGCUCAAGCACCAGAACCAAUAAAUAAACAACAGCUACAAGCUUUUCUUGGGUUAAUUACAUUUUAUGAUAGAUUUUCACAAAAUAAGGGCGAUCUAUUGGAACCGCUGUAUCAACUAUUAAGAAAAGAGAUACCUUUUAAAUGGGGUAAAGAACAGAAAUUAAGUUUUGAACGAGCAAAGAAGCUACUACAAUCAAAAAAUCUGUUGGUGCAUUAUUCGGCUGACUUACCACUGAUAUUAUGCGGAGACGCAUUGCCGUAUGGAGUUGGCGUCGUUUUGGCACACAAGAUGCCGGAUGAUAGAGAAGCACCGAUUUGGCUCCAGAACAUUACAGGGAGCGGAACGAAAUUAUUCACAGUUGGAUAA